AAAGAAUCUGGUGUGGAAGCAGCUGAGCCUCUCUGCUACCAGACUGAUGUUUACUUUGUGUCGAGCUGAAGAACAGAGGAGACAUCCCUGCUUUUACUCAGGAAAUAAAACAUCUGAGUGAUGGUGAAAAGAAAACACUUUCAUUUUUCCAUCUGAGCAGAACUCUGGAAAGAUUUUAACUUCAAGAGACAAAGAAACUGAGGAUUACUGACAAGACGCAAACAGCGGGAGGAGGGUACUGCUGCCAGUCGCAGCUGCAGCCGACCCGAAACUGGUAUCGGUGAACAGCUGAUCAGCUACGUGAGGUGGUGUAAGUCAUGGGAAGCUUCAAGGGCCACGCUCUCCCUGGGAGCCUCUUCCUUGUGGCGGGAAUCUGGUGGACUGGAAAGUACUCCCUGUUGCACGCCAUCCGCAAGAACAAGAACAUCGGGUCCACUCGGUUCGCCAGCAGGGCCUCGCAGCGACGCCUGGAGAUCUUUGAAAACUCUGUCAUACUCUUCUUCUCCUUCGUGGGGAUGGUGGCUGAACAGUUUGUAGCAGAUGGACCAAGGCUGCAUUUGUAUGACUUUACAGAAAAACAUUGGAAGUACCUGCAUAACUGGCAACAUGCUACCAUGUACCUGUUCUUUGGCCUGGCUGCCAUCGUGUCUCUGAUUGUCCAUGCCGCAGAGGCAGCACCACUGGCCCUGGACAGGUUGAUGCUGGGGAUUGCUUUCUUUAAUGAAGGAUUUCUUUUCCUCUACCACCUCCAUGGAAGGAGCAUGCUUGAUGUUCAUGUGCAUCAGCUCCUUCUCUAUGCGGUCUUUGGACAGGCUCUAAUUGCCUGUCUAGAGACCUUCCAUCGAGGCAACGUCAUUCUGGAGCUGCUGCGCUGCACCCUCACACUCCUGCAAGGCUCCUGGUUCUGGGAGAUUGGCUUUGUGCUGUACCCUCCCAGUGGGCCUGAGUGGGACCUGAAUGACCACAGCAACAUGAUGUUUAUCACCAUGUGUUACUCCUGGCACCUGGCCUUUGCAAUGCUUGUUGUUGGGGUGCUCUAUUGCACCAUAAGUAGUAUGGUGCGCUCCAGGCUAAAGAGGACUCCUCCAGUGGAAAUGGGACUUCUGAAGAUGCAGGAACGAGAUGCAGAGUCAGAGGAUGAGAAUUUAUGAAAAGGACUUCAGCAGCACUACAACACACAAACUGCUCAGAGACAUGGUUUACAGCUGUAAACCUCUUUUAGCUUUACUUACCAUUUAUUACACUCGAUGUGCAGUCUGCCAUAUCUUUAUUAUUUUUGCAAUAUGAUAGGGUUUAUAAAGAUUACCCAGUUUUUGUUGGCCUCAUUAGUGCCUUCAGCUGGUGAAAGCAUCAUCAUCACCCGUGUUUACAAGUUUUUACAUAUAAUACAAAAUGAUUUAUAUAUGUGUGUAUAUGUGUUUCAUUUCAUUCUACUCUGUUAUCCAUAAUGUUCAUUGUUACAUUCUUGUUUUUUUUCCAACUGGUCCCUCUUCAGGGGUCACCACAGUGACUMAAGUCACAGAUGAUUUAGCAAUUGUUUCACCAGAUGCACUUCCUGUCUCUCCCACCAAGCUACUGUGGCUCCAGAUAAAUCKUACUCAUUUAGAUAAAGCUUUUGUUGAACAUAUCACAAAACUGUUUGUCACUAUAAAGUCUGUUUCCUGUGGCUGUAAAACAAAAAAAAAUCCAUUUCAAACAGUAGUUUGAAACAACUUGUUUUACAAAUGAACAUAAAAACUUAACAAGUUAA